UGGAGAGAAGAUCACUGAUGCAGAAAUGUUAGAGAAAACCUACUCUACCUUUCACGCAAAUAACAUUGUCCUGCAGACACAAUAUCGUGAAAAGGGAUUUAAGAAAUAUUCUAAACUUAUAUCUUGUCUCCUUGUGGCUGAGCAAAAUAACGAGUUAUUAAUGAAAAAUCAAGAAUCACGUCCAACUGGCUCUACUCCAUUCCCUGAAGCGAAUGUGACAUCCCAUAAUGGAAAGAAAAAUAUCAUGCCAACAAUAGUGGCCGAGGACGUGGUCAAGGACGUGGACGUGGACGUGGAUAUGGAUAUGGUCGAGGUAGAGGCCGUGGUGGUUCUUUCAAGAGCUCGUAUCCCCACCAGAAGUGGGAGAAUAAAGAUGGUAACAAAUAAGAUAAAGAUAAAAGCGAAAAUGGGACCAAUGUAUGUUAGGCGAUGUGGAGGAAAAGGUCAUUGGUCUCGUACAUGUCGUACACCAAAACAUUUGGUUGAGCUCUAUUAACAAUCAUUGAAGCAAAAGGGAAAGAAAGUAGAAACAAAUCUUGUGUACGAAGAUGGCGAAUGUGACUUUGAUCGUGGCGAUACAACUCACCUGGA